AUGUUUAUAUUAAUGUUUUGAUUUGUAAUCAAUUGCUAUUAACUUAUUACUUCGAUAUUAAAAUAUUAUAAAGAAACUCUGUAAUCGCGUCACAAAUUAUAAGUAUGUACAACCCCUUUUUUUAAAAAAAGAUUUUAUAUUUUGUAAGAAGAUGAAAAGAAAAAUGUAGUAGGUAUUUAUAAUACGUCGAACGCAAUCUGUUUUGAAUGAUAAAGAAUAUAUAUAACGUAUGUAACAAAACAUAUUGUACCGGUAAUAAAAUAGAUCUCUUUCUUAUUGAUUGUAGGAAUAGUCGGUAAGAAAUUACCAAAAUGGAUUACGCACACGUAUGCAAAGAAAAGUAGGCCGUAGGCACCUCCGACCAUACCCCUUUCACUUUUAAGAACUAUUCCUCCAAAUUGCUUACGAUGGCACAAGUAGAAAGUAUUUCGUUUAAGCUGCUUCCAUUUCCAAAAGAAUUAUUGUUCAUUUAUUUGUGCAAAGUACCAAAGUGAAAGAUAUUUGAAAUAUUAACUAUGCAAUUAAUUGAGAUUAAAUGGUCCAUUUAGAGGACCAUAUUAUAUAUUUUAAUCUAAAAUAUUUUUUAAAGGUUUGAUAUCUCCAUACUCAAUCGUUUUUUGUAAUAAACAAGAAUUAAUGAUGGCCAAGAUAAAAGACAAUACCAUUCAGGUAGUGUUUAUUUCAUUAAUUUUGGAUCUUUUGGCAUUUACUAUGAUACUACCACUUCUACCAGCUUUAUUAGAUUAUUAUAAGGAAAUAGAAAGUGAUGAGAGUAUGUACUUUAAAAUCUUGCGUUACAUACAAAGUACAAGAAAAUUUUUUGAUGCACCUGAUAAGGUCAACACAGUACUUUAUGGAGGCUUUCUUGGAUCUAUGUAUUCAUUUCUACAAUUUUUGGGUUCACCAAUUGUAGGAGCAUUAUCAGAUAUAUAUGGAAGAAAACCAUUGAUGAUGUUUUGUUUAAUAGGAAUAACAAUGUCUUAUUUAUUAUGGGCACUUUCGUGUAACUUUACUAUAUUUGUGCUAGCCAGAUUUGUCGGUGGUAUUAGUAAAGGAAAUAUUAGUUUAUCAAUGGCUAUUAUCAGUGAUGUUACAUCACCAAAAACAAGGGGAAAAGCAAUGGCACUUGUUGGUAUAGCUUUUUCUAUUGGUUUUGUUGUGGGUCCUAUGAUAGGGGCAUUUUUUGCAUGGAUUUCAAGUAAUAACAGAGAAGGAGCUUGGUAUAUAAUACCUGCUAUAUUUGCUCUUUUUUUAGCAAUAAGUGAUUUAUGUUUUGUUCUUUGUAAUUUAAGAGAAUCUUUACCAUUGGAACAUAGAGCAAAGAGUCUAAUAUCUGGUGUAUCUGGAAUUACUAUUUAUGUCAAUCCUAUAGAUUUAUUUCAAUUUAAUGGAGUAUCUGGUCUAAAUUUACAAGACAAAAAGAACUUAAAAACAUUGGGUUGUGCAUACUUCGUGUAUUUAUUCAUCUAUAGUGGCUUGGAAUUUACCUUAACUUUCUUAACUCAUUAUUUGUUUGAAUUUACAAGCAUGCAACAAGGAUGGAUGUUUCUGGGAAUUGGAUUAGUUAUGGCAAUUUUGCAAGGAAGUUGGGUACGAACAAUUCCAUCCAAUAAAACAAAGUCUGCUGCAGAAUUGGGCUUAUGGUUAACAGUUCCAGCAUUUAUUUUUGUAGGUUUGGCCACUGAUGUAUUAACAUUAUCUAUUGGAUUACUUCUCUUUGCAAUUUCAACUGCCAUGGUUGUCACUUGUAUGAUGACACUUGUAACACGUAUUGGACCUGAUAAUCAAAAGGGUACAAUAACUGGUGUUUUUCGAUCUUUGGGAGCAUUGGCUCGGGCUUGUGGACCUAUUGUAGCUUCUAUAGCUUUUUGGUGUAUUGGUAGUAAAGCUACAUAUCUUACUGGCGCUGUAUUUCUUAUAUUUCCACCUAUUAUCCUUCAAAGGGUAAAAUUACUUUGAAUAACAGUAUUUGUAUAAGUAUUUACAAAUUUAUAUUUCAGAAGUAUUUUUAGAUUCUUAACAAGAUUUUUGAUGUACCUUAUAAGUAUUUGAGAAAGUAUUUUUAUAUAUUUAUUGUAUUAUGUU